AUGGCUUCUCUUAGAGCCUAUGGGAAAGUCAAUGAAGCCACCGAUCAAGCAGAGAGGCUCGGACUCGAAGCUCGUCGGAGGACCAGAAGGAGAAUCACCGUCAUAAGCUUAUCUUCCAUUGUCCUCAUCGUGGUUAUAGUAGGCGCCGUUGUUGGUACUAACGCGGGAAAUUCGAAAAACGGCAGCGGUGGUGAUAGUGGAACUCAAUCCGCAGGUAUCACCACUUCAGUUAAAGCUGCAUGUGGUGUGACAUUGUAUCCGGAAUCAUGUUACACCAGCAUUGCUCCGUUCACCAACUCCAGCCAGGAGAUUCAACCCGACCAGCUCUUCGGUCUAUCCAUUCGCGUGGCGAUGAAUGAACUGUCCAGAGCCUCCCGGUACUUCACCUCCCCCGAGCGCGGAGGGCUGUUCGACGGUGUCACUAAUAAAACGGCCAUUGCUGCUCUUGAGAGUUGCCGCGAACUUCUGGGACUUGCUUUGGAUCAUCUCAAUUGUAGUAGUAAUACUUCUCCGUCGUCCGCCAUCUCAGUAGUUGACGCCAUUGAUGAUCUCAGAACAUGGCUGAGUGCUGCGGGAACGUAUCAGCAAACAUGCAUAGAUGGUUUUGAGGAUGUGGCGGGAAAUAUGAAGAGUGGUGUUUAUGGGUACCUAAAAAACUCUACGGAGUUCACUAGCAAUUGUCUUGCCAUCAUAAGCCAGGUAUUCAAGUACUUUGCAAGUGAUGAUACAUUGAAGCAAAGGCGGUUGUUGAGUUUGCCCGGCCACUACGACGACGAUGAUCGCAUGCCACACUGGUUGUCUGCGAAAGAUCGGAAGCUACUACAGAGUAGUAAUAAUUCGAAAAUGAUCAGAGCAGACGUUGUUGUCGCGAAAGAUGGCUCCGGGAAGUACAAGACAAUAGGUGAUGCCCUCAAGGUUGUCCCGGAGAAGAGCAAGAAGAGGUUUGUGAUCUAUGUGAAGAAGGGACUUUAUUACGAAAAUGUUAGGGUUGAGAAGACUAAAUGGAAUGUGAUGAUGAUCGGUGAUGGAAUGCAUGCAACCAUUGUUUCCGGCAGCCUCAACUUUGUGGAUGGAACUCCCACAUUUCAAUCUGCAACUUUUGCCGUGUUUGGACAAGGAUUCAUUGCUAGAGACAUGGGAUUCCGAAACACGGCCGGAGCAAUCAAGCACCAGGCAGUCGCACUGAUGUCAACUUCCGACCAGUCGGUGUUCUACCGGUGCCACAUUGAUGCUUUCCAGGACACUCUCUACACGCAUUCCAACCGCCAAUUCUACCGCGAAUGCAACAUCUACGGGACCGUUGACUUCAUCUUCGGAAACUCGGCCGUGGUCCUCCAAAACUGCACCAUCCUACCCAAGCAACCCAUGCCCGGCCAGCAGAACACCAUUACAGCCCAAGGCAAGGUGGACCCGAAUCAGAACACCGGCAUUUCGAUACAGAAUUGUAACAUUUGGGCCGGAGGGAACCUGACUUCGGUCCAGACCUUCCUCGGCCGGCCUUGGAAGAAUUAUUCCACCACUGUGUACAUGCAGUCCUCGAUGGGGAGCUUGAUUGAUCCGAAAGGGUGGUUGCCUUGGGUCGGCGAUACAGCUCCCGACACCAUAUUUUAUGCUGAAUUUCAGAAUUAUGGGGCUGGUUCUUCCACCAAGAAUAGGGUUAAUUGGAAGGGUUUGAGAAACAUUGACAAGAAACAGGCUAUUAAAUUUGCAGUGAAGUCGUUUAUCAAGGGUGACAAAUGGAUUUCAGCGGCUGGGGUUAGCUACAAAUCGGGUCUGUGAGUGUGAGUGCAUUGGAUUGGUCUUCUUCCUUGGUUGAGAUUGUUUUAUUUUAUUUUUCAUUUUUGUUUUUUGUUUUUUCACAUUUAAGUGACAUUGAUUGAUUCAGAAUGAAAAUUCAUUUGAAACCUUGACAAUAACUAUCAUGUUUUGUGAGCUUAAUUCAUCCAUCUUCAUGAUUUUCAACCUAAGCUGAUUGGAAUUUCUCACUUGCCCAUGCAAAUGAACAAGAUUUUUGUGUAUUUCGAUAAAUUCCAAUUUAGCUCUUCAUAUUCAGCAUGUUUGGAAGUAAA